UUAAUUACCUACUUAAUUACUUCUUUUCAAAAGCGCCCUCUAUUUACCAUCUAAUCUAAACGAAAAAAUACAAAUUUUGUUUUUUUUUUUUUUUAAAAUAAAAAUAUCAAAAAUUAAAAGCGCACAUCAAAUUAUACGUUUUCUUCAACUCACCUGUUUUAUUGAAAUAUUAUUAAAGUAUUUUUGAGGAUAAGAAAAAAAAAAAACGGAAAUUCUCCCACCGUACAUCUCUAAAUUUUAUUAAAAAGUACCAAAAGUAUUAAAGUAACAAGAAGAAGAGGAAAAAGGAAGAAGAAGGAAAAAACGAUAUUUACUUUUUUUUUUUUUUAAAUCAUAUAACCGGACUUAUUUACUUUGUUAUUGUUUUAAAGAACAUUUGUCCCGCGCCUUUUUACUCAAUUAGCACACAAUAACAAGAUUGCCAAGUUAAAUUUCAAAUAUCACUAAAAAUUAAACUUGAUUGUGUAAAAAAAAAAAAACAUAGCCAAGCCAAACUCGCUUAAUCAAAAACAACAUAAAAAUUGAAAACACAAAAAUUAAAAAUUGUUGCAAAAGAAGAAAUUAAUAUAAAACAAAAAAAAAUAAAAUGGCUAAAAAUCAAGAUGGUAUUAAAAGUACUGAUAGUACAAAAAAAUCUGUAACUGAUGUAGCAAAUAUUUCACCAAAAGUACUUGAAAAUUGUAAAGAAUUAAGAUAUACCGAAGAUCAAAUUAAAAAAUUGGGUAUUAGUAUUCUUAAUGAAAUAAAUCGUGGUCUAUCAAAGAAAACGAAUCCAAGUGCUGAUAUUAAAUGUUAUGUAACAUAUGUACAAGAUCUACCAAAUGGUACUGAACGUGGUAAAUUUUUAGCAUUGGAUUUGGGUGGUACAAAUUUCCGUGUACUUUUAAUUCAUUUAAAAGGUGAAAAUGAAUUUGAAAUGCAAUCAAGAAUUUAUGCGAUACCACAGGAUAUUAUGUUGGGUUCUGGUACACAAUUAUUUGAUCAUAUCGCUGAAUGCUUGGCUAAUUUUAUUAAAGAACAAGGAUUACAAAAAGAACGUUUACCAUUGGGUUUUACAUUUUCAUUUCCAUUGAUACAAUUAGGUCUAACAAAAGGUUUAUUGGUUAGAUGGACAAAAGGUUUUAAUUGUGAAGGUGUUGUUGGUGAAGAUGUUGUUCAAUUAUUAAAAGAUGCUAUUGCAAGACGUGGUGACGUUGAAAUUACAGUAUGUGCAAUAUUAAAUGAUACAACUGGUACAUUAAUGUCAUGUGCAUGGAAAAAUCAUAAUUGUAAAGUUGGCCUAAUUGUUGGAACCGGUAGUAAUGCAUGCUAUGUUGAACGUGUUGAAAAUGCUGAAUUAUUUGAUGUCCCAGAUAAUAAGAAACCGCAUGUAUUAAUAAAUACUGAAUGGGGAGCAUUCGGUGAUAAUGGUGCAUUAGAUUUUGCACGUACAGAAUAUGAUCGUUUAGUUGAUAUUCAUAGUAUAAAUCCUGGUAAACAAUUACAUGAAAAAAUGAUAUCUGGAAUGUAUAUGGGUGAAUUGGUACGUUUAGUUAUUGAAAAAUGUGUUAACGAUGGUUGUUUAUUUAAUGGUGAAGGAUCAGAUUCAUUAUUUACACGUGGACAAUUCUUUACAAAAUAUGUAUCUGAAAUUGAAUCAGAUGAAAUUGGUUCAUAUACAAACUGCCGUAUGGUACUAGAAGAAUUAGGUAUAAUUGAUGUUUCUGAUGAUGAUUGUGCUGCUGUAAGAUAUAUAUGUGAAUGUGUUUCAAGUCGUGCUGCUCAUUUAACAUCAUGCGGUAUUGCAGCAUUAUUAAAUAAAAUGGAUGAUCCAAGUGUUACUGUUGGUGUUGAUGGAUCAGUAUAUCGUUUCCAUCCAAAAUUCCAUGAUUUAAUGGUAUCAAAGAUGCGUGAAUUAGUAAAACCACAUAUCAAAUUUGAUUUAAUGUUAUCUGAGGAUGGUUCCGGUAGAGGAGCUGCAUUAGUUGCUGCCGUUGCAUCACGACAAAAUUAAGAAAAAAAAAAACCUAUUUUUAUUUUUUAAUUAUUUUUAUUUUUUAUAGUACUAGAAAUUUAUUAAAAAUACAUAUAUAUAAAUAUAUACAUACAAUAAGUAUAAUAAAAAAAAUAUUUUUAGAAAAUAAAGUUUUAAAAUAAAUGAAUAAUUACAUAACAUCAAAUAAUAUUUAUAUAAACAAAAAAACCAAUUCUAUAUGAAUUAAAAAUAAAAAAAAAAAAAAAUAGUUACAUAAAAGAAACAAAUUAUACAUAUAAUCUAAAGUAAAUAAUCAAAAAUAAUAAUAAUAAAUUAUAAAAAUGUUAAAAAUAAGGUAUAAACCAAUUAUAAAAUAAUUAUAUAGAAUUGAAAAUAUUGCAUAGCAUUAAAUGUAAAAACCAAAAUUUUCUGUUUAAUCACCGCAAAACAAUAUUUUUUUAUUACAAAUUACAUUUAGUAUACAGUCAUAAUAUUAUUACUUAUGCAGGAAUUGGCUUUAAUAAAAAUAAAUAAUAUUUGGAUCUGUAAUAUGGUUUCAUAAUUAAAGUUAUAAAAUUUUAAGUUUAACAACUUAAGUACCCUCAAUCUAAGUAGAUUCUAUCUUAGAUCGAUUUUAGUUUAUUUUAUUUUGUUAUUUUUUAAUUUGUUAUAAAUCAGUCUCAUUAAAAAAUAAUUAAUAUUAUUUGUACAAUGCAAUAAUUAAAAUAAAAAUGUUAAUAUUAUUAUCAGAUACCUAAAAAAUCUAUAAUAUGGUUUUGAAACAAAUGAACAAUAAAGAAUAAAAAUAAGCAAAAUAAAACCAGAGAAAAAAAAAUUUUGUAUAUAAAAAAGAAAAAUACAUAAGUAAUUUAAAUAUUGUAAUUAAAUAAUUUAAAUUUUAGAAAGAAAAAUAUUUGCAUUAUCUAAAAUGAGAAAAAAAAAAAUACAAAUGAUUUAAAAUUCUGUAAAAUAAAAUUAAAUUUGUAAUUGUCAUGCGAAAAAUAGAAAUGUUUGCAAAAUGCAUAAAAACAUUACAGAACAUAACGGUAUGUUAUUGUAUUUUUUUUUUUAUAAAUACAAGAUUAUUAGGCAUAAAAAAAAACACAAGAAACAAUUAAAGAAAAUUUAAAUAUAGAUAUUUCAUUGAAUUAUGUAUAAAUAUAUAAAAAGAAAAUUAAUUAUAUAUAUUUAUAUCACUACAGAUUUAAGUUUAAUUAAAAAAAAUUAUACAAACAUACAUACAUAAAUAUAUAUUUAAAAUAAUAAAUUAUUGUAAGAAUAAAGA